CGGUGUGACUUUAACCAUCUUUCUUUGAUGAGGUUGCGUGACUUUUUGUUUUGUUUGGCUAAAUCGAAACUCAAACCUAAACUAAAACCAUGACCAUUACAUUUCAAUUUCAAGUUAUUUUAAUCCAUUUGAUCCUAAAACAUCAACAUUAUUAAACAUCAACAUAUAUGUCAAAUUUCAUGUCUUUUGGGACAAUUGAAUUCAGCAAUGUCUGCAACUGCAUGUUUUAUGUGCUGCACUAUCUCUCCUGGCAGUGUGCCAGCCCUGGACACAAUUUGUCUGCCUUCUGGCAAGUCUGUAGCUGAGCAGCUAUGCAGAGGCUUAGGUGGAUAUCUGCUGCCAUUAAUGCCUCAUCAUGUGGCUUGUAUUUCGUGUCAACAAACUGUAAGCCACCUUGACCAGUUGUGGGCAGAAGCUGAAAGACUUCAAAACAUUUUAUCAGAUAAAUUUAUCAAAGCUUUGCAUCACAACCAGGAGAAGAUCAACAGUUUGAUGACACCAGAAACUGAAGGUGUACCAGCUUUCAGCUCCUUGCCUGGUGGCCAUCUACCAUCACCAGUUGAUGUGGAUGAUCCCAGUUAUGUGGCCACCAAACUUCAGCAUGAAGACAUCUAUUGUCCACCAGAUGACUCACCACAGGCCUCUGAGCCUGAUAGUCCCACCUAUGUUAUUAUGGAUGAUCCUGGUAGUUUGGAUGAAGAACAUUGCCACUCUCAGUUUGAUUCUGUUGGCAUGCAUACAGCUGUUCAGACUCAGAACAGCUCAGAAUUUGUGGAUUCAGAUGAUAAAGAAAUACACCAGUCUGGUGAACUUACCUUUAUCCCAAACACACAGGUCACAAACCUCACUUGUACAGAUAACACGGAAGUUCCUGAAACUGAAGAAUCCCACGAGUCUACUCCUCCUUCCCAAGCAUCCAGUCGCGCCGCGAGAACGGGUCCGAAGACAUGCCCCCACUGCGGUAAGACGUACCGCCGGUGGAGGGACUUGGACACGCACCUCAGCACGCACACUGGCAGCCUGCCGCAUCAGUGCGCCGAGUGCGGUCGGCAGUUCGCCUCGCGGCGCCGCCUGACCGACCACCAGCGCGGACACGCCGGCGGCUGGACCUGCCAGAUCUGCGACAAGGUGUUCCGGCACCCGUCCAGUCUGCAGCACCACCGGCGGCAACACGAGUGGCAGGCGCCGGCCGCCGUGUGCCCCAUCUGCUCGCUCUCCCUCUCCAGCGCCGCCCACCUGCGCGACCACCUGCGCACUCACUCGGACGAGCGGCCGUUCCAGUGUCGCUCGUGUCCGCGCGCCUUCCGACAGGCGUCCACUCUACGUGUGCACUCCCGAAUACACUCUGGCGAACGGCCGUUCCAGUGCGACGCGUGUGGAAAGGGAUUCCGCGCCCGCGCGGCGUUCAUGACGCAUCUGCAGCAGCACGGCGCGGUGGAGCCGCGUUUCUCGUGCGAUACGUGCGGGAAGACGUUCUUCUACAAGAGUAAGAUGGAGCGUCACCGCCUCACGCACGGAGGUCCGCAGGCGGCCUGCUGCGAGCAGUGCGGAGCGACGUUCAGCUCGGUGGCGGCGCUGAACCGCCACCAGGUGACACACAGUUCUCAGAGGCCGCACGGCUGCCCCGACUGCGGACGCAAGUUCAAGGAGGCCGGCGUGCUGAGGAAGCACCAGCGGCAGAUGCACGCGGCAGACGCGGCGCACGAGUGCUCUGUGUGCGGCAAGCGGUGCGCGGGGCCGUUCAAGCUAAGCGAACACAUGCGAACACACACUGGGGAGCGACCGUUCGGGUGUCCGCUGUGCCCCAAGUCGUUCACUCAGGCGGUGCAUCUCAGCAAACACCAGAGGACGCACCAGCGGACGGAGGCGCCGCUGGAAUUCGGGACCGUGUGAUCGGCGGCCGUCACCGUCACUAUUGGAAGGCUGUGACUCGCGACUUGUGAUCUGCCCUCUUUUCGGGAUAUUUUUGUGAGAUACCUACGUGACAUGAUUAUGUUGUUUAGACCUCAUUUCAAACACGUCAUUGAUCACAGAAAGAAGGAUGUCUCAUAAAAGGUAUAUUUUCGUAAAUUUACGAAUUUUUCUGCCAGAAGAACGUUACAUUGCGACAAAUCAGUCGACAACGCACAGAGCUGUUGUCCUCAUAGCAAGAGCUAUACAAGAUCACACAUUAUUGCACAUUGUACCCAACAGAUCUAUCGCCAUUUGCGUCAGAGUUUCAACGACUUGGCAAAGAGUGGAAAAGCGUCACUCAAAUUACGUCAAUUGUUCUAUGUAUAUGAAGAAACAAACACAAUAGCAAGCCACCACCUUUUUUUAGAUCGCUUAUGAAUGCAUUAAAUUUCUAUAGCCGGAACUAGUAAUAAAGUCCCAUGCUAUCCA